AUGCCCGCCACAUCAAAAAAGGGCGCUCUCGUGCUUGCAAAACGCAUAGAUCAGCGGCUCGCCGCCAUCGCCGAGCAAGAGAUUCGUCCCUCGCCCCCGUCAUGUGCUGUGGUAUCCAAGCCUACCAGCGCCUACGAGGGUAGUCUGCGCUUCGGCCGCGAGCGGAUGGAUGCGCAGUUGGUGCCCGCCAUCUUCGUCAUGCUACAGGGUUUCCCAGACGCCAAGCAGACUAGCUGCAGCAAGGUGCGCACUGGCGAGGGUGUCAUGCGUGGUGUCGAUGCGAGCAAGAUCAGUGGCUUAGCUAUGAUUGCCAACAGCGCUGAAGGCAACCACCAAUUCGCUGCCGUAAAGCUGAGGAGCUGUUGCGGCGGUCGGGGCUGGCCGACCUGCGGACCUAGCGUGCGCAGUGCUCAUCUCCAACAACAACAAGCCUGCGACGCUGUCUAUGCCUGA